ACUUUCGUUCUAUUUUGUUGCUACAGCCCAACAAUCUUCUUCCUAUCUUCGCAGCAACUAAUUAACGAAAAGCAGCAGUUUUCUUUCCCUCUUUUGCCUGUGAACCAAAUAAAAUUAUCGCCUUUGUGAUUUGUCGGCGAUGGAAAUUCAUCUAGCGUCGUAGCUCUCUGCACCACAAGAACGCUGACUACCCAUCCCAGGUCAUUUCCGAUGUUACUGUUCCUUCACUGUUGGAGCGAGUGGUGGGUGGGUGGUGAUGUUGGUGUAGAGGCUGGUCUCCUACGAGUUGGAUACUUCUCGCUCAUUUCACUCGUCCGCUCAUUUUGCUCUUGCUGCCAUUCUUUUUCGUGUCUCUGCCGCUGCGACUGUUUACCAUACCUUCCGCGUGUGUAAGUGUUUUUGGUUUUCUUGCUUUGAUUCUCUCUAUGCUCUUUCGUUGCUUCUCUCUUUGACUUUGUUGUUACUGUUGUUUUGGGGCUGUUUUAGGUUUUCUGUUGGAUCUCGUUUGUUUUGUGGUUUUAUGUUUCUUUACCUUUCUGUGUCUGUUGUGGUGGGGACGUUUACCUGUGCUCUUCAACAUUUAAGGACUCUUUACGGGGAGUUCUCUGUUUGUUCAUCUUCUUGAUGCUCGCUUGGCCUAACAUGAAAUCCCGGCAAAUGCAUUCUUUGUGGGUGUGGACCCGUGACUUUCAUUGGAAUUCUCCCUUAGGUGGUUUUGUUGUUUUCCUUGUUUGUUUCCAAUUUUUUGGGGUUUUCUGUGGGAGGUCAGGACUUAGCUUUAUUAUCUUUGGGUUUGCACGGUGGAGGGGCAAGAGUCACUUUUACUGCUUUUCCAACCUAUUUGGGAUGAUGGCUAUGACUGAUGUGGGUAUGCACAUGUUUGUAUGUGGGUGUUAUGGUCUGAAAGGGUGGCUGUUAUUAUUGUUGGUGUCCCUCUUUUUUGUUGUUGCUAGACAUUAUGUUGUGAUGAAUAUGGCUGUCACACUGAUUAUAGGAGGUGCUUGUGAGAAAAUGGUUGGAUCUUUUGCCCUCGGGUUCAUUGAUUUAAGUUGUUUGUGGCAUUUUGGAUCCGGUGUUGUCUGAUCUGGGUGUUAUGUGGUUUGUUUGAUUAUUGGGUAGUUUGCCUUGCUUUUCCCUCUUCUGAAAUAUGACUGGUUUGCAGUUGUCAUUUGUUGUUUGGUAUUUUUGCUUUGUAGAUUCACAUGCUUACCUCCUGGUUUAAAUGUUGUGCCCAUGCGUGCGGGUUUUUUGUCUAUCAUAACAAGUUCUUGUGUUGCGUUUGGUGCAACAGUGUCUUCUUUCUUUGUGGCUUUCGAAACUUGACUUCCUAAACUAUCAUUGACAAGGGCAUUGUGUGAAAAUACAAAUCAAAGAUUAAGGUGGCCAAAAAUGAGCUUUAUGGAAUGUUCUACCAGUUUAUAUAAAAAAUGAUUGUAAUGUUGUCAAUUGGGUAAAUUCUGCUUCUUUUUUAUGCUUAAUAACUUCAGCUAAUGAAAUCAAUCAAGCUAUCAACCUGAGGCCUUUCCAAUCCAAUGUUAUAAUAAGGUUUCAUUCACAUUUUACAAAAAAAUGUCUAAUAUUUCAAAUAAACAUGUAUCAAAUAAUGUUUUCAUUUCACUAAGCUAUUG